AAACCUUGAACAGCUGGCAACAGAAAUGGACAAAUGGGUGGGGCUUUCGGAAGGAAAUCUCUGUGUUUGCGGCGAGGAUUAUCAGGACAUCGAUCAUGUCGUGUGGGCGUGCGAGGAGCAUCGUGGCCCCAGAUCUGCGCUAACUGAAUAUCUCCGGGUCCGAGGAAAACAACCAAAGCCUAUUAGGGAAGUGUUGUCGGGCCUUGAUUUCGAGUACAUGUCCCUGGUCCACCAAUUUUUGAAAGUUGCUGAUGUAAGACUGUAACCUUAGUCUGCCCUUCCUCUUGUCUGUUGUUCCCCAUUACGAAUGUCUUCCUCUUGUUGUCCAUUUCAAUGCCUGUCGUUAAUCCCUUCCGUAAGUCUUCCUCUCGUUGUUGUCUCCCAAAAAAAAGUUUUUUUUUUAUCCCGUUACAGAUGCGAAACAUCGCGAAGAAUGUUAACUUUGUUAACAUCAGCAUCGUAAUUACUUAAGUACCCUAAAAUCCUUUCCUUUCCUACUGUAUUAUUGUAUUCCCUAACCUCGACCAAACCGCGAGUCUUUCGGUUCCCCAAAACUAACACUAUGUAUAAGAAUCAAGAAAAGUAUUGUAAAACUUGAUUUCGGCUCCGUAACGCUUCACGGCAAAUGAGCCUUCCAAAUAAACGAAAGAUAAAAAAAAAAAAAAAAGUAUGGUACAAAUGGAGUCCUCGAUGAACAAGGCAGAAACUACGAGGGUGAAAAACAUUGAUCAAAUGUGUCGGUUGUGCAUGAGCAAGGAAUCUCUUGACGAUGUUUUCAAGCAAAACGAUCUUCAGAAAUGGAUUUUGCAUUAUCUUUCAAUCACAAUAUCCCGCGACGACCACAUGAGUCAGGUCAUCUGUAUUGUCAUGUCGACUACGGUUGGUAGAAUUUGACCAAUUUCGAACUCACUGCAAGAAGGUGCAAAGCGUUCUGCAGUCCAUGGAGGUUAUUGGAACUUAUGCUGAAGAUGCGAAGCAUAAAUCUAUAAAUAAUUUAAGAAUUGCCGAUAGCACAACGAUCCGUUCUGAAAACACAUUAAAAGCAGAACCAAGUGGUGACCCAAUCCAAUGUGAAAUUUGCCGCAAAAAUUUCGUAUCAAAGGAUCGUCUCAUCAAUCAUAAGCAAAUUCAAGGGACUGAACAUCAUGAUUGCAAACAAUGCGAAAUAUCGUUUCAUUCAUCUAAAAAUCUCGAACGGCAUUUGAGGGAUCAUGUAGAGGAGUUAAAUGUCCAGCCAACAUUAGUUGAUCUCCAGAAAGUUAAAACUGAAACACAUAACGAUGACGAUUCGAUGCCAUUCAAACCUGAUCCAGGACAAGGUUCAGUAAUUGAAUCUAUUCAAAGUGAGUAUGUCGUAAACCUUGCCCAUAGCGAUUUAGUGUGGAACAUUCCAGUUAAAUUAGAGGCAGACUCGCUAGAAAGAAUACAUCAUAUAGAAAAUAUUGAAAGAGCUGUGCAUACAACAAUCGAAGCCGAAAUAGCUUACACAAGAGAAAGUUCUGACAAACCGAGAAGUGAUGCAAAAGGGAGGGAUUUGAGCACAAAUCAUUCCGAAUCGAACGAUGAUUUUAUUCCGACAGCCUUAUCAGGAAUUCAACUCCGUUGCAAAAAGAGCGAACAUCUUGGGCAAAACACCAACUUCACGCAAAAUGUCAAACGCAAAAAGAAUGCUGGUGGGUCGAAAUCUGAUAAUUCCAUGCGACCUAAGAAAUGUAUUAAUGAAACAGCUUUAACAGAUAAACACCUUCCGGACAAAAUACCCGACGAUGUAGAAUUAUAUAAUAGUCGAAUCCACCCAGAUCUGGAAACAUUGCUCAUGAAAAGUUUAUUUGAUUUAAGUGUCAAGACAAAUAACCGCCCGACGGAUUUACGCAAAGGAGAGGAAAAGCAAGCACAAUGCAGCACAUGCCUAAAAGUUAUGAGAUCCAAAAAACAUCUAUAUGACCACAUGCGUACUGUACACGGACCGAAGAAGCAUAUUUGUGGAUUGUGCAGUUUUGCAUUCUCGAGGCGAAAUGACAUGUUAAGACAUCAAAGGCAGAACCACCGGGGAAUUUCUAAGCAUCUAACUUGAAAUUAAAUUGCAUUAAAUUGCGACACAAACAAGACUUACGGCUUCAAACAAAGUCUACAAAUGAAAUAAAUGUUUUCAGCAUCUUUGUAAUGUUUACCUAAAUUUAAUCACAAACCAGAUAACAUAUUCGAUACUGCAUCUAUGUACACUGGAUUUUGUUUUUACACGAUUUACAUUUUCUCAAUUUUCCACUCAUCCUAAAUGUUUAACGUAUAUUAAUUAUCAUGUGAUUUUUCUUUGAUUUAUUUUGGAUUUUUUGAAACAUGUUGCGAAUAGUUUGGUGGCAAAUUGAAGUAACACGAUCAAAAAUACGAGCGAAAAAAAAUCGUGUA